AUACGGAAGCAAUCUUUUGCUAACUUUCUCCUAAAAAAACUUCAAUGAUAAGUGCUCUUCAGUACGUUGGAAAUCAAAAGCAUUGGAGUUAUUAACUGUUGGUGGCAUUAACACUUAAGAAAAAAAAAGAAAUGUUGAUGGUUCCAGUUGUGUGACAGGUUGCUACUUAAGAGUUGUGUGGUGGAGCACGAGCAGGUUACCUGGCCAGGUGAGCGUGGGAUGGAGCCACAGCACGAGCAGACUUCAGGUGUCUCUCUGGGACUUAGCAUUGCCUUGCUCGCCAGCCUCGUGAAUGGCUCCACUUUCGUUUUGCAAAGAAAAGGCAUCCUUAGAGCUGAGAAACGAGGUGUUUCCUAUUUAACAGAAUUGGCUUGGUGGAGUGGAACCGUUGGAAUGGGACUGGGUCAAAUAGGAAACUUCUUCGCUUACAACACUGCCCCUGCUGCUUUGGUAACGCCACUAGGAGCCCUCGGCGUCCCAUUUGGGUCAAUCUUGGCUUCAUAUGUGUUACAGGAGAAGCUGAACCUGUUAGGGAAACUAGGAUGUCUACUCAGCUGUGCAGGUUCAAUAGUGCUGCUUAUUCAUGCUCCCACAACUGAGAAUGUAACAUCAAGGUUACAACUAGAAGAGAAGUUAGCAGAUCCAGUGUUUCUUGGUUACGUCUGCAUUGUCUUCUCACUUCUUAUCCUGCUUAUUUUCGGGAUCGCACCUUCUCAUGGCUCCACCAACAUCCUGGUUUACAUUAGUAUUUGUUCGUUACUGGGGAGCUUCACUGUGCCCAGCAGUAAAGGCAUUGGUUUAGCAGCUCAAGAAGCAUUUAGUGAUAAUCCAUCAAGUCAAAGAGCCCUUUUCCUCUUCAUCAUCCUAUUGGUAACAUUGGUUUGCAGUAUUCUUAUUCAAUUUAUAUAUAUUAACAAGGCUUUGCAAUACUUUGACUCAUCCAUAUUCAAUGCAAUAUACUAUGUGAUUUUCACAACUUUGGUCAUUCUGGCUUCUGCCAUCCUCUUUCGAGAGUGGAAUAAUGUUGGAUUUGUAGAUUUUCUAGGAAUGCUGUGUGGAUUUAUCACUGUUUCGGUAGGGAUCAUACUCUUGCAGGUUUUCAAGGAAUUCAGCAUCUCUGCCAGUGACUUAAGGAAAAUCACUUCAAAGAAGCACUGAAACAUAAGGAUAUACUGACUCUUUCAUAAGUUGUGUUUCAGAUUUUGAACAAAUAAUGCUUGUAUGGUGGUAAGGAUUGAGGAUAUUUAGAACACAGCUAUUGGAAAUUGCAACAUAUUUAAUCCUUAAUUUGUAUUGGCCCCAUGUCAGAUGCACUUCUUACCCUGCUGUUCACUACUUCCUCUCCUUCCCUUGUCCACUUGAGAGAAUCUUGAGAAGCUCACUCCUGAAGGAGAGCAAGUUCAGGCUCUACAAAAUCUCAGACCCAUAGUUUAAAAGAGGAAACGGAAAAAGACUGGAUUUAGAUUGUGUUUUUUGUGGCUUCAUGACAUCCCAACAUGCUUUUUAAUACAUUUUCCAUUUUAGUCACUGCUGUAAAACAAAAUGGCAGGUAGUUAACACUGAACAAACUCUCCACAAACGAUUUUUAAACAUUGGCCAGGGAUAACUUUCCUGUUUUUUUUAAAUAGUGGCAUGGGAUCCUUUAUGUCUAUCUGAAAGCGAGCAGCUCAGGUCUCAAUUUAACAUCUUCCACUCCGUGUACUGAGCUGAAGUGUCAGCCUUCUGAGUCAGCAGCAAGUUUGAUCUCCAUUGAGCCAUGGAUGAUGAAUGCUGGUCCUGGUCAUGCCCUCUUGCACCCAUCCCCGCCCAUCCCUCCAUUAGUUUUUAAGGGGAAAUAAAAACCUGUCAGCUUAGCAACUGUCCACGUGACACAGUAACAAUAGGAGAGAGCUCACAUGAAGAGACCCAUAUUCUGUUACUCUGCUGUUGACACAACUUUAUAUCAACACAGCAUUUGGGUUGUUGCCAGAGGCAACUGUCACAACAGAAGUUGCUUGGAAUUGUGAUGCAACUGAAGUUUGGGUAAUAAUACUGACCAAUAAAACUUGGAAAUUGU